AUGGAAAAACAACGAGACUCCGCGAUUACACCAGUUGUUGAAGAAGAAAUCGAGGAGAAGCAAGAAGAGGAGGAUAUUGUGGAUAAAAAUGUGCAUUUUUAUCUCGUCGCCAUUUUUCUAUCGAUCUCAAAACUCAUUUUUACGUGGACAAAUCAGACGGAUUUCAAUUUUUUGAGAAUUGGUAAGUUUUUUAGGCGCUAAUUUGAAAGUUUCAAAUUGAAACCCGAUCAUUUUGAGACCAAAUAUGCCUAGGGUUACUGUAGAUCUUUAGCGCCCAAAUUUCAAAUUCAAAUUUUUUGCAGACGAGUCCAACAUAAUUUUCGCUGUGGAGAUAAUCUCAAUCCCAUUAUCAGUCAUAAAUCCAUCGGCCUGGUUUGCUAUUUUCAUGACGUCACUAUCCACACUUUGCAUCACAACAGGUUAUCCAACUUUUGCCAUUUUAUCAGCAUUGCUCAUGUUUGUCACGAUUUACGGGGCCGAAUAUCAUAAGAGUUAUUUAGCGAAGAAUCGCGGGAAGAUCUAUCAAUUGGUCGAAAUUUCGGCGGCCGAAAAAGAGAAACCAAUGAUUGAUGAAAAAAUGUGGGCUGAAAUGAUUUAA